GACGCACCGAUAGAGAGAACCGAGUGGUCUCGGAAUCCUUCCUGAAAGGAUGACGACAGAAGAUAACGGCAAUAUAAUGGCUGGACUAUUGAAACCUACUUCAAGUAGCACUGAGGAUCUUAGCGAGUACACUGAUGCCGAUGAGAGUAUUUCCGCACCUACCGAAAUACUUGCAGAGUUUCUUUCUGCUGUGAUGCUCAAGGACUACGAAACUGCACUGAAAUAUUGUAAAAUAAUUCUACAGUACGAACCUAACAAUAGUACAGCAAAGGAAUUUUACCCGCUGAUACUCGAAAAGCUCCAGUUGAUGAGCAAUGAAGAUCCUGGUAGUAACAACGACAGUGACGAAGAAGAAGUAAGUGAAGAAAGUAGUAGUUCCAGUGAUUCUGAUAAUACAACAUCAGAAGAAAGUAGUGAAGGUCAGGAAGAAGAAGAAGAAGAAGGUAUCGGAGCAGGUGCAGGGGAGGAUAAAAGAUCCAAAGGAUCUUCAGAAGGAGAUGGUACUACGGGUAGUUAUUCUAGUUUAGAAGACGACGAACCUGAAGCUGUAGAUCAGUUAGCAGCCCUUGCAGCUCGAUAUCAAAUUGACAACGUCGACCUUGGAAACGGAAAUAAGAUAUAUAAUACUCAACUUUCGUCAAAUAUGACAUUCCAAAAUAAGGCAGCAAUCUCCAAUUCCAAAAUAAAGACGGCAACCAUAACUACAAAUGCGAAUACAACUCCUGGAAACCAAUUUCCCUUCGGAACCAGUUCCGAUUCAGAGUCUCCUACAGAACCAGUCAGCCAACAGACCGUUGCAAUGCUCAGGGCUAGAGUUGUGCCAAGCAAAAUAUAAAGUAGAGGUUUUCAUUGGGUUUUUGUGCAUGAUAUCCUGUUUCCUGUCCCAUCCUAUUCUGUCCAUUCCAUAAAGGUUUCAUUUUGUAUUAUAGGAAUUUUUGAGAAAAAUAUUUUAUUGAUGUUGAAAUUCCAACUAAUAAAUUUUUAAUAUGAAUAUUGUAUAGUUUAU